AUGGCCACCAACAGUUUGUUCACAUCUGGCCAAAUUUUCAAUGGCAUUGGAAACAUUAUAAAGUAUAAAGGGGAGCACAAAGAUUGGUUUGGCAAUAUCGUAAAUGUUCCAUACCCACCAAAAGUUGGCACUAGAGAGCGGCAUUCAUUUCUUCAUCUGAACGCUCUUAAACCUUCGACUCGUUCAUCAGGGGGCAUCGUCUAUCGUGGCUUGAAUCAUAAGGGAGGAGAGAUUCAAUGGAUUGUGGCAUGGGACAAUCGAGCCGAUGUCACAGAAAAUCUAGUAUACACUGAAGUCCGUGCACCAGCUAAGGUUGACUGGGAUGUGAUAGAACAAAAGCUGCCUCUUAAUCAAAACUCUAGCAACUAUGAUGGAUGCUUCACCCAUAUAUCAAUUACUGAUGGUGAUUUCCCUGAAAUUCAAGCAGUACUCAUGCCGAAGUCAAAAAGCAAGAACUAG